CCUCUCUUUCCAUAACGGAACAUAUCCAAAUAGAGAAAGAAGUUACAGAAAGAAAAGGAGAAGAAGAAUGGCAACGGUUGGUGGAGUUCGCGAUGUUUCAGGAAACCAGAACAGUCUUGCGAUCGAUGGUCUCGCUCGCUUUGCUGUUGAAGAACACAACAAAAAACAGAAUGCACUUCUGGAAUUUUCAAGGGUGAUAAGUGCUAAAGAGCAAGUGGUUGCUGGUACCAUACACCACAUCACUUUAGAGGUAAAAGAUGGGGUGAAUAAAAAGGUUUAUGAAGCCAAGGUUUGGGAAAAGUCUUGGAUGAACUUCAAGGAGGUUCAAGAGUUCAAGCUCGUCGAAGAUGCGCCUGCGCAGUAAAGCGCUUAACUAGGUGACUAAAGAAUAAAAAUUAUGUGCCCACUGCCCAGCAUGUCUCGAAGGUGAAAAGCCUAAGGAUCAUGUUAUGUAUGGAAUAAAUCUAAACCAUUGCUUUUACUUGUCACGAGUGUUGGAAUUUUAGUUUCAUCACAAAUUAUAUAUGAAUCAAAUUAGUUUCAUGACUGUGACUGUAUCAUAUAACACUCUCCUUGUGUGUGUGUGUGUAUGAGCAUUAUUGACAACCCAAUACAACAUUCAACUUCGAAGUUGUGCUAAUUAACAAUGAAAAAUGAUAUUUAUACAA